UGCACGCGAUCGUAUUGAAAUACCGGCGAUCGGGUCGUCGCGGUGACAUUUGCAACGACACGCUCGACACGAGUCGAAGGAGUUCGAUCGGACCGACGACCCAAAACGUUCCGCCGACCCCGCGGGUGCGUACGCGCGUUUCCAGGCGGCGAUCGUCACUCAUUGCGAUAAUCAACGCCGCCGUCUCGUCGGUUCCGGCCAUGAACACUGGCAGCGACGCGGCGACGGGACCGCCCGCCGACGGCGGUGACGUCGGCAGCAGCCUGUCCGACCUGUUGGCCGGUUCGCUGGCCGGCGUGGCCGUCGUGCUGGUCGGCCAACCGCUGGACACGGUCAAGACCAAGCUGCAGACGUUCCGGGGGCUGUACACCGGGCCCGCCCAAUGUCUGGUGCACACGUACCGGAAGUCCGGUGUGCGGGGCCUGUACGCCGGCUCGUCGCCGGCCAUGGUGGCCGGGGUGGCCGAGAACUCGGUGCUGUUCGCUAGCUACGGCCUGUGCCAGCGCGCAGUGGCCGCGGUCACCGGGGCCCGGGACGCCAAGCAGAUGGACGCGUUCAGCAACGCGGUGGCCGGCUGCGCGGCGUCCGUGUUCUCGUCGGUGGUCUUGUGCCCCGCCGAGCUGGUCAAGAUUAAGCUGCAGGCGGGCCGCGAGCUGGCCGAAUCCCGCGGCCAGCGGUUCCGAGGUUCCGUGUACCGCGUCACCAAGGACAUCAUGAGGCACCGCGGCCUAGGAGGUCUGUUCCGCGGACUGGAGAUGACCGUGGCCCGGGAAAUGCCCAGUUACUUCUGCUUUUUCGGUGUGUACGAGGCGGUCCGGGAGGCUCUGAAACCAGAUGGCCGGACCCGGGCCGACUGCGGCCUGCUGGCCACCACAGCGGCCGGGGCUGCGGGCGGCGUGCUCCUGUGGACGGUCACGUUCCCGGUGGACGUAGUCAAGUCUCGGAUACAGCUGGAUGACGCGAUGCCCACGCGCGGCUGGACCAUGUGCAUGUUGCACGUGUACCGAAACGAGGGCGUGGUCGCGCUGUACAGCGGCCUGGCGCCAACGCUCAUCCGUUGCGUUCCGUCGUCCGCCGUGCUGUUUCUCGUCUACGAGUACACCAAAAAGCUGUUCGACCCCUAAGCGCGGAUCGGUGGGGCGGAACGCACCUCUAAUCGGGGAUGGACUCUCUAACUGGUCGAACUCUCGGACAUCCCGAACAUCAAGAACUCUGAAAGGCUAUUCGAAGUUUCUUUAAAUGUAUACUUGAAACCGAAUGCUUCGACCUCAAUCGUUUCAAAUGGUUCGCGAAAAAUCGAGUUAAAUACCGAUACUCUUAUAUUAUAUAUAUAUCAUAAUAUCAUUUUUAUAUACCUUCGUUGAAUUGUACACCAAAAACGUUAAUACUUGAUGUUGUAACUUUUUACUAGUUAAAAUAUGGUAUAUCUAUUUAUUUUAUUUAAAACUAAAAUGUAUUUAUGAAUUAAAUUUAAAGUGUGAACCUAACAUAACGUUAGAAAGGUUCAAAAAACA